CAGGAAGCUCAUGGAGCACCAGAACAAACGGGCGGUCGUAUCGUAUUGCAAGACAUCGCCAAACCUGUCAAACAGGACGGGUGGACACCAUUGGAGUCGAUCGAAGCGGCCCUACAGUUGGAGCGCACCGUCAAUCAGGCGCUUCUGGACCUCCAGGGCAUCGCCAACAGGACUAACGACCCGGAGUUGACUGACUUUAUUGAGAGUAACUAUCUUCAUGAACAGGUGGACGACAUCAAGAAACUGGGCGAUCACGUGACUAACUUGAAACGGGUGGGCACUGGUCUCGGGGAGUACCUCUUUGACAAAAAGACCCUGAGCUAA